UACUGCUUUUGCAAGUUCUUUUUCAUUAUUUCUCUUGGUCUCCUUCAUCUUUUUCCUUGUGCCGCUGCAAAGAAAAGUUGCAGCAAGUCCUUAAAAGAUCGUCGAUUUUUACACCCUAUAGCCUUGGUUGAUAUUUCGCAUAAGGCCUUUGGAUUUUCACACCUUAUUAUGGCUUUCCUUACUCAUCUCUUUCCCGAUUAAACUAAUUUCUUCUGCCUCCCAAUCCCGUUUUUAGAAAUGCACAUGACCACACUCUCUUUCGCCACCCAAUUUUGAUGACAAGGAACCGACCCUCAUUGGCGAUGCUCAAAGCAGAGAUUCCCACUGCCCGUUGGUCAGAAUCAGUCUCUGUAUGGCGUCCAAUUUUCGACGUGGCACCGGCCCUGACCGGCGAUGCUCAGGACUCAGGUUCCCAAUGGUGCUGGCCGGAAUUAGUCUCUCAAGACCUAAUGGCAUCCAGACUUACCCAUGUAGUGGAGGUCAUUUGCAUUCGUGGAUUUAAAGAUGAAGGCUUUGUCCAGAACUUUUCAAGCACUGGAGUUGUAUACACUGUGGAGUUUCAGAAACGUGGAUUGCCACAUGCUCAUAUUGUGUUAUGGUUGACGCGAAAGGACAUAACUAUAUUGGCAUCAGACAUUGACAGCAUCAUCUCAGCUGAAAUUCCGGAUGAGAAAAAUGACCAUGAUUAUUAUGUUGCUGUCAAAGAGUUAAUGGUGCACGGGCCUUGUGGGGUUCUGAACAAAUCUUCGCCGUGUAUGGAGAAUGGUCACUGCACGAAACACUUUCCGAAGAAAUUUGUGAGACGUACUGCAAUUGAUGGAAGUGGAUUUCCCAUUUACAGAAGAAGAGACAAUGGAAGGAGUGUAAUGAAGAAUGAGACUCCUCUUGACAAUAGAUUUGUCAUCCCUCAUAACCGUACAUUACUGCUCAAGUAUGGGGCUCACAUUAAUGUUGAGUGGUGUAAUCAAACCCGGGCAGUGAAAUACCUCUUCAAGUACAUUAAUAAGGGUAAUGAUCGGAUCACAGUAGCAUUCUCUGAGGCAUCCGACAAUCGUAAGGCAGAAAAGGUUGAUGAGAUCAAAAUGUAUUACGAUUGUAGAUAUAUCUCUGCAUGUGAAGCGGCUUGGAGAAUCUUUGGAUUCCACAUUCAUUAUAGGGACGUCGCAGUUGAACGUCUAAGCUUUCAUCUCCCUGGGCAACAUAGUGUGUACUAUAAUCCUAAAGAGUCUGUCAGUUCUGUUCUUAGACGUCCUACUAUCCACACCACUAAGUUUCUAGCUUGGAUGCAUGCAAACAGUGUGUAUCCUCAAGCUAGGAGCUUGACUUAUGCUGAAUUUCCUACCAAGUUCACGUGGAAAAUCAAAACAAGAGAGUGGGUACCAAGACAAAGAAGCACCGCAAUUGGAAGACUAUACUUCAUGCGACCUGGAGCCGGAGAGAAAUAUUAUUUAAGGAUGCUUCUUGGUGUCGUGAAGGGGGCCAGGAGUUUUGAAGAACUCAGAACAGUUGAUGGAGUCAUACACUCGACGUUCAGAGAAGUUUGCUCUGCACGUAGUAUGUUAAAUGACGAUAAAGACUAUAUAGAUGGACUUAUAGAACAAAGUCAUUGGGCAACAGCGCAUGAACUUCGCGUCACAUUUGUUCAUCUUUUACUACAAGAGUCAUUAUCUAUGCUCAGUAUGGUUUGGGAGAAGUGUUGGCCAUAUCUAUCUGAUGAUAUACUCUACACUAUUAGGAAGAAUCUCAAUGAUCAAUAACUACAGCUUGAUGAGAAGCAAAUAAAGAAUUAUUGUUUGUUGGAAGUUGAAAAACUUCUACAACAUCGCGGAAAGUCUCUAUUCUACUAUGACGGAAUGCCUCGAGUGACGGAUCUUGACAUUCCCUCUCUGGAUGAUGUUUUGAUACACGAGGAUUUGAGAUAUGACAGACUUGCUUUGGCGGAGGAACAUGCUAAAUUAAUUUCCGCCUUGACGGAGGAUCAAAGGCGUGUUUAUGAGACAAUAGUGAGUUCUGUAGAGGUCAACCGUGGCGGUGUGUUCUUCUUAUAUGGGCACGGCGGUACAGGGAAAACAUAUAUGUGGAAGACCUUAUCAGCAUAUAUAAGGCAUCAAGGAAAUAUUGUGUUGAACGUAGCUUCAAGUGCGAUCGCAUCAUUGCUCCUUCCAGGUGGAAGAACGACACAUUCCAGGUUUAAAAUCCCACUCACAGCAGCAGAAGAUUCAACUUGCAACAUAAAGCCAGGAAGUGCACUGGUGAAGCUAAUUCAAAUGACGAAAUUGAUUAUUUGGGACGAGGCACUCAUGAUUAAUAAGUACUGCUAUGAAGCUCUUGAUCGAACCAUGCGGGAUAUUCUUCGACAUUCACACGGUUGUGAUGGGAGCAAACCUUUUGGUGGAAAGACAAUUGUCUUGGGCGGAGACUUUAGACAGAUUUUACCGGUAAUUCCAAAGGGUAGCAGGCAAGAUAUUGUGCUGGCGACUUUAAACUCAUCCUUCAUUUGGCCCUUUUGCAAGGUACUAAGGCUAACGAAGAACAUGAGAGUGCGAAGUGGAUCAGACGAUGUUAACUCUGCAUACAUAAAAAGGUUCAUUGAUUGGAUUUUAAAGAUAGGGGACGGAGUUCUGGGUGACAAUGAGGAUGGAGAAUCAUAUAUUAACAUACCUGAAGAAUUCCUCGUGCCUUGGAUUUCUGAUCCAGUUACUUCUAUUGUCCAGAGUACAUAUCCCAAUUUCUUAGCACAAUGCACAUCACCAUCAUAUUUAAUGUCAAGAGCAAUACUUGCGCCAACAGUUGACGAGGUGGACAAGGUUAACGAUUACAUGCUCGCACAACUACCAUCAGAGAUGAAGACAUAUUUCAGCUCCGAUUCUGCAUCAUUAUCUGAUUCUGAUAGUAGUUUGUUGCAAGAGAUCCAUUCUCCAGAAUUCCUUAAUGGAAUCAAAUGUUCCAGAGUACCUAGCCAUGAGCUCAAAUUAAAAGUGGGUGCCCCUGUGAUGCUUAUGAGGAAUCUUGAUCAAUCAUUGGGUUUGUGUAAUGGCACUCGACUUUUAGUGACCCGACUUGGAAAUCAUGUUAUUGAGGCCCAAAUGUUGUCAGGGCCAACUGUCGGUCAAAAACAUUUCAUUCCUCGUCUUACCUUGACUCCUUCUGAUGUCAGACUGCCAUUCUCCUUUCAGCGCAGACAAUUCCCUCUGAUGGUUAGUUAUGCUAUGACUAUAAAUAAGAGUCAGGGCCAGUCAUUGGAAAAUGUGGGGAUAUUCUUACGACGACCGGUUUUCACCCAUGGGCAGCUUUAUGUUGUUGUAUCAAGAGUCACGAGUCCAACUGGUUUGAAGUUUUGAUAUGUGACGAUAAUGGUAGACCGACAAACUCCACUUUAAAUAUUGUAAACAAAGAGGUCUUUAACAAUUUGUAAUAUUACAUUUUGUCUUGAAUAAAAUUGAGAGCU